UUUCCCUAAAAAUAACGCGCAAAACAAAAAAACGUCUCCGUCUCCCUUUUUCAAAUAACAUUGAAAAAAAUCAGACAGUGUCUAAAAUCAACUAAUAAAUCCUCAAUUUUCGGUUUGGAUGUGAUUUUUUGUUUUAGCUUUAACUCGGAGUUUUGAACAGGAAAUGAUCAGCGGAGUAAAACUAGAAACUAACGAGGAAUGGAUGGCGUAUUAUCAGGACGAGGUGUACCCUGGGACCAACAACCUCCCCAGCAGUCUGAGUGGGUACCUUCCUUCAGGUGCACCUUACCUGAAUAGUGGCCACACAGGAGGAGGAGGGGUGCCAACCGGGGCCUCAGGGGGCCUUAGCAGCCCAGUGAACCACUUUGGGGUCCUGCCGUCCCAGCUGGGAUACGGGGGGGACGGCGGCAGAGGGCCAUACGGCUUCGAGGUGCCAGGGGGAGAGCCCAAAGGAGGGUACCGCCGGAACUUCAGCCACGCCAAGCCGCCGUACUCCUACAUCUCCCUCAUCAGCAUGGCCAUCCAGCAGGCGCCCGCCAAGAGGCUGACGCUCAGCGAGAUCUACCAGUGGAUCCGCCAGCUCUUCCCCUACUACCGGCAGAACCAGCAGCGCUGGCAGAACUCCAUCCGCCACUCGCUGUCCUUCAACGACUGCUUCGUGCGCGUGCCCCGCUCGCCCGACUCGCCGGGGAAGGGCUCCUACUGGGCGCUGCACCCCGACUCCGGCAACAUGUUCGAGAACGGCUGCUACAUGCGGCGGCAGAAGCGCUUCCGCUGCGCCAGGUCCGGCGACGCCAAGGCCCAGAAGGAGGGAAAGGGCGGGGACGCCGGCGACGCCGCCGCCGUGGCCUCCGUCCCGUCCGGCUCCCCCCACGACUCCCCCCAGCCCCAGCAGCCCUCACUGAGCACCCCCAGCCCCCACCUGCCCAAGUCUCCCUCCCCUCCGCUUCACUUCCACCAUCACUCUCUCUCCCCGCCAUCCCUCCCCCCUUCAUCCAGUCAGCGCUCCCUCUGCAUUUCGCCCGCGGGCGUCCCUCCUGCUCCCAUAUCCGGCCACAACCCCCACCAGCCCCACUCCGCCCUUCAGCACCCCUCUCUGUCGCUGGACCCCUGCCUGCGUACGGAGCCCCUCAGCCACCACCCCUUCUCCAUCUCCCAGCUCAUGGGCAUGGAGCGGGGGGACCUGCUGCCCUACGAUUCCUCCAUGGGAUUUUCCAACUAUUACGGCCCAGCCUCCUCCUACCACCACGGCCAUCAUCACCCCGCCCCUCGAGACGGGACGGCUUUCGGAGGGGACUCCAUGUACCCCAGCAUGUGCUCUGUUCCCAUAAUGAGCUCGUCGUGAGAAGAGCGUGAGACAGUGAGAGCAGCACUGAGAAUUUGCGUGUAGCUGUGUGUAAGAGAGAAACACUGAGUGUGUAUGUAUGUGUAUGUGUGUGUGUGUGCGUGUGUGGAGAGAGAGAGAGAAAGAGAGAGAGAGAAAAGCAUCACCAGACCAUUUGACCAGGCAACCUAAUGACAUUCUUAACUCAACAAUGGGAGCAACAUGGAUUUUUCAGACAGAGAAGAAGAUGCCGGAAAGUUAUAAAAAGCUGUUUUCAAAGGCUGGCGAUUAUGUAAUUUAAAGAUAUAUAAAAAUUAUACUUGUGAUAAAUAGUCUAGAUGCACACCAUUUAUGCCCUGUGCCACAAAAACACUGUGGCUACGGAUGUGGAUUUGGAGACAAUACAGGCAAAAAUGACGAAUAAUAAGCAUCCAGAGGAGAGGCUGAUAAUGGGGACACGGGAAAGGGAAUUUAUUUGACGCCUGUAUUAGGGAAGUUCUUUCCUUGCACUGGUCUUAAGAACAGACACAUGUAUAAAUGUAAAUGGUAAUUACAGUAUCCUUUUUCUGAGAGUCGAUUGAAAAUGAGUUCUCUUCAUUUGAUAUAUUUCUCGUUGUUUUUCAUGCUUGUCGUCCGUCAUGACCUGUUCAUUUGUAUAUGUUUAGGACGUCUUAAAUGUAGUGGGAGCCCUGGAUGACAUCUACUUUGAUGUUGAAUUAGAUUUGCGGUCGAGGACUUGGAUGGUAGCGCUAGCCUAUAGGCAAUGUCAAUGCCAGUCCUCCAUGUAGCGAUGUUCUGUUUCUGUGCCCAUUCUGUGCUGUCACCUGGCGCACCACGGGGGGAAAAAGACAAAAAAUAUCAAUAGCUGUUCAGUGGCAUCUCUGUGGAUGCAAUCAGCAGGUACCAUUUGUCCAGUUGCUGCUUAGUUAGGAUAACAUUUUGCCAUUAAUUACAUUUUUUUAACCUACCACAUCUUGCAAUAAUAAACAUUGUAUUUCUUUGCUUUCAUUCUGUACAGGAAGUAUUUGAUGCUUACAAACUGCAAGACAGAUUAAGAUUUUUUUUUUUCAUUUUUUAUUUGGUAGAAAUGACUUGUCUUAUUGAUAUAAGGCCUUUGAAAUGAGUUGUUCAGACUCAGAGAUAGUUUUGAGAACUUCCCCUGAGAAGCAAUGCCAAAGUUGUGGGUCGGCAUUGUGACCACGGACAUUGAAAACAUUGCUGAAAUCUCCAUGUUCAUACAGAACUGGGUUUUUACACGUCACAAAUGAAAUGUAAUUUAUCCAUAUGUCCUGGCAUACGCAUCUUGAAACAAGAUUAGAAAAUAAAG